AUGGAAGAAUAUGCGGCUGGGCUGGAACAGUUGCCGGAUCCGUCACCCUCCAAUGAUCCAUCCCAGCGAUGCAAGGUUUCGAGCGAGGCACGAUGUCAUGGAUGCGGAGAUGAAUUUGAGAUUGACGCCCUGAAGCGUUGUUCCAAGUGCAAGCGAGUCUGGUAUUGCUCCAAAGCUUGUCAGGUACUCGACUACAAGUCUCCCCGAAACCACAAACGCAUGUGCCGAGAAGAUUUACUAUCUAUAGCCAUCCAAAACAUUUAUUGUUUGCCCGUGGAACAAAAAAUGGCCUUGAUGGCUCAAGGACGGAUCGAGCAGAUUCCCAACAAUCAGUUCUGCCAGACAGUGGCCAGGAUCUGCUGUCCAGGUAACCUCGAUGUCUUCAUCGACACGGCUUUCAAAGAAUUUCAGUUGCUUCGCAAUCACUACUUUGAUGAGAAGGAGGAUGUACUGUAG